AUGGCCAUUGCACCUAUUACCGGAGCUUUACGUAGAAAAAUCAUCACCGACAUAACCAUUGGCUUUGGCUGUGGCUUUGUGUUAGCAGAGUUAUACUGGUACUUUGAGCACAAGCCUAUUGUGGCCAAGAGAGAAGCUUUCUAUGCCCAAUUGAAGGCCCAGAAGGAGGCUGAAGAUGCCGCAUAA